AUGGCCGACGCUUCGAAUUUCCGCCGAUUUCCCCCACUGCCUUUUGAAAAUGCGCCCGAUGGCUCGCAGGAGUCUUGGUUAGAGCCCUCACUAUCAGCCGACCCCAAAGCCGAGGCCUUCCGGUUGUUCCAAGACAACACCUGCACCGAGAGUCAAUUCAGGGCCGCCGGAAUGGCAGGAAAUGCCUCCGAGCGGGCAUCUGGCCGAACCUCGGACACCGCGCCUCCAAAAGCCCAACUGCGAGCGAUAUAUCUGGACUACCUUGUCUAUUACAGACAUGUGGCAAGCCAACUGGGUAAAGCAGGUAAAGCUUCCGGCUCCAAAGAAUGGGAUCGGGUUGCGCCGCCCUCGAAGUCUGAGACGGUUUGGAAGGUCGACCUCUCUUACUAUACGUGGGCCGAUUGUCAGCAAGAGAUCAUCCGGCUGUGCGCCCCAACCCGCAAGCACAUCGGUGAUCACCUGCGCCGGCUGCAGGAGCAAGGCUUGCUUAAAUGGCUUUGUAUUCUUCAUCGGGACCCCCGAUGCGGUCAGAAUAAAAACUAUUAUGUCACCAACGACGCGGACUUUGCGCCAUUUGUCCAGGCGGUCGGCAAUAACUCGAGCAACAAGGCAAUGAUCAAGAUCCUCAUGGACGAUCCUAAUAAGUCCGCGAAGGACUCCGAGGAGGCCAAAAAGGUGGACGACAGUUUGGCCAUGAACUACGCAGACGAGGACACUCGUCUGGCGCUUCAGCGCGUUCAUACCCGCCUGGCAGUCAAUCCCAAAUCCGAUGUGGGCGCCCAGGAGCGAAUGCGUCUGGUAGCUGAUAUCACCCACCACAUCAGAACCAAGUACGGGUGCGACGCAGAGUCCAUGCGGGUGCAAGAUCCAGAAGAUCCGAAGCGAUCCAUCCGAGUGACAACCGAUGCCCUCCGAGCCUGGAGCCGCGCAAUGCUCCAUGGCGCUAAAGGUGUCGACUUGGAUACGCCUCCUAAAUGCAAGGAGUGCGUCCCGGAGGAUGUCCAGGUGCUUACCGUGGACGAGAUGGCUGCGAAACAGGAAGCGCGAAUGUCGCGCCACAAGCGAGGGGCUUCUCCUUCCAGAUCACCCUCAAAAUCCCUCGGAGGGUCUUCGCGCACCUUGUCCCUGGGCCUUGACAGCCAACCGAGCGGGUUAGUAUUUACUCCCGUACGUCGCUCAGCCACCGGACGGAUCCUACCCCCACGAUUGAUCCCCGCGGAAGGUUUCCCAUCAGGUGAUGGCCGUGGGGCUGUGCAGCGCCGUUUGUCACACCAGACAAAUAGCCCAUCAAUCUCGGUUUCCGGCGAUACUCCCACCUCACGCGCCAGUGUUGAUCUCACUGGUCCGGAGGACGUCGGCCUGGAGGCGGAUAUGGAGGAGACCUGGCGGACCUGCAGCCCCAUUGGGGCUGCUGGCUCGGGACGUGUGAGCAGUUCUAGCACCGACAUAGAGGUCGUCCCCGGCAGAGGCGGAGGCAUUCUCCGCUCGCCUUCACGCAAGCUCGCGCGCAGCCCGGUGGGGAAUGGGAUCGAGCACAACUUCAGCAGGCUGGAAUUCGAGCGACCUCGUUCGCCAUCAACUAUGUUGUCGGUUUCCCCAACUCGCAAGCGGCCCGGUUCGCAGUCGUCUUCCUAUCCGUCCAUGGACCUGACCAACAAACCACCGCUCAACGAUUUGGGCCGCGCCCUCACGAUCGACGGUUUUCUUGCCCUCUGUAACUUCUCAGAGGACGACCACGUGCCGAGGGUCCUCAUCAGCCUCAGCCACAUUAGACGAUGGGACUUCUUCCUCGACACGACCCUCCAUGUACUCCAGCAGAUGGGGUUCCCCUACCCAAUUGCUACCCAGCUUUUGAAGGGUGCAAAAUGGUUGGAGUCAACUCAUGUCCAACAACCCUUGGCGCCCACAGGCGAAAACAUUCCCAACCUUGUCUUGAUCCCACGCGAAGCAGCAACCGGCCCGGCUUUCGGGUCAUCUGACGCCAUGGUGAGCAACAAACCCAACGAGUCCCACUCAACCCACGAGGCCCACUCUGCGAAUGACAACCCUGACAAUCAGCCAGUGGCAGGACCCUCUCGCGAGGUUGGACCCCUAGACUCUCAGCCCAACCCCAACGAACCGAUCGAUCACGAGGAGGAUGCAGAUGGUGAAGAUGAUGAUGUGGAGGAGGGGUUCCCUGGUCAAGAAUACCAACCCUCCCCAGUUUAUUGA